UUCGAUGAGUGCGCGGGCUAGUUGUAUUUAGUAAACAGGGCUAUUGUGUUGCUAUCGCUAAAUUUGACUGUAAAUUCAGUUAAAUAGAAUGUCGAACAGCUUUUAAAUUGCUGUCUAGUGCUCCCGACUUAAUUGAAAUUGGACAGAAGAUAAUAAAUGCAUUCAGGGAGCUGAGAAAACAUACCGCUGUCGAAAAAUGAAGCGAUAGCUAACGCUAGCCAACUGUUCACUUUAGUAUCGCUCUCGGAAACAGUCGCGUAACGUUACUGUUGACAACACUCAACUAGCAGGCAGAAAUGGAGACAAAGUAUCCUACCUUGAUGAGACCCAGGAGGAAACUCUGUUUCAUUACACACAAGGGAAGUGUACCCAAGCAUUUGGGAGGAGCCCUGACAGUGGAAGAGGAGGUUGACAAGAUGUUUGAUGACAUCGAGUCAUGUACACCGCUUAAUUCAUCAUCGCUGCUGUUUCUUAGCUCUGAUAGUGACACAAAUUCAAGUCAGACAGAAAUAUCUCCAGUCACACAGCAGAGAUGCUCACCAGAAAAACUUCCAGCACACAAAAAGGGCCACAAAGGAGAUGUCCUACGUGCUGCAAUGGGAUCGAUAGGUCCUAAAGUGGACAUUGAUUUGGACAUCCCAUCCAAAGCACAUAGGCCACUAAAGACUUCUAGCCCUAAAGAGCAUAACAUGGGUGUAGAUGCUGUUGCAAAGCAGGACAAUAAAAAAGACCAAGUUGUGCUCCCAGUUUUGUUUAACUGUGCAGAUGAAAUAGCAGAGGAACCCAACAAAGACCCUCCACCCAGUCAGAAGGCCCAAUGCAAUGGACUAGUCGCAGAAGAGAGUGAUGGUGAUGAACUGGAGUCUCCUCCAAGUAGGGUUACAAUAACCAAGAAGUCCUCUCACAAAGUGCUGGGCAAAGUAUUGUGUAACAGGCAAGAAAAUGUGAAAUCGCCGGUUUCAGCAGUGAGUCAGGAUCCUAAACUGUUGGCUUCUAAGAAGAAAAAGGGAAAAGACAAGACGGCUUUUCUGGAGAAGCUCAAACUGGCUGUAAAGCCACAAUCAACAUGUUAUAAGAUGUCACCCGUUAAAGGACCACCUCCACCCCCUGCUGAGCCAGAAGAUGAUUUUUUUAUUUUGGAGGAUGAUGCACCUUUUUGGAUUUCCAUCCCAAGCAAAAGUGCCACAAAUAAGAGACAAAAGCUGAGCAAGACCUCCAGCAAGGAGAGCUCAUCAUACAAGGGGACAAAAGAUAGUCCGCUAGAGAGUCCGUCAAAAGAGAUUGACAAGGUAGAGGACCAGCCUAAAGACAUACCCAACAUGGAAAAGAGUCCAGAAAAACCCAACCUUGAAACCAAGACAAAAGCUCACAAGUUUUCUGUGAAGAAGAAUCUGAAAAAAGCUAAAGAAAACACCAAGACAAGCAGGGCGGCAACAUUAAAAGAGACCAGAACAAAACACCAGGAAUCUGAUGCUGUGAAAGAUGUUCCAUGUGUAGAUGCUGUCAAAAAAGGUAGCAUGGAGCCUACAGAUGAUGAAGACCUGGGUUCAUUUUCAGACAGAGAAGUUACAACAUCUAAAGCAGGAAGGACUACAGCAAAAAUACACCCAGCAGGGUCUGAAGGACGUUUAUCAGAGGAGGUUGAGGUUCUUGGGAAAAGAAAAAGGAAACCGACUGGACAGUGGUGGCUGAGUUGCCCACAGAGCACAGAGGAAACAGAAAGCUGGAAGCCUAAUUUCAAGAAGUCAAAACAGCAUAUUAAGGAGUCCGCAGCAGCAGGACAUUCACCAGUAAAGGCCAAGAAAGACACAGUUUACAAGAAAAAAGCUAACCAGGAACCGCCUGAGCGAUUAUCCAGUAAGCAUACGGACAAAGAGAAAAAAUUAAAACGGAGCAAAAAAAAAAACACAAGAGAAGAAACACCGGACAGGAUGGAAGCAGCAGAUGAAAUACUCAACACAUGUGAGGCAGAGCAGGAGCAGCAGGAGAUUCCUGAUCCAGACUUGGACAAGCAGCAGUCCAGCCCCUUGGUCUUCACACACAGAGACCACAGUAUCAAUUCAGGAGGUCAGAUAUUUCAGAAAGCCUAUAACCACAAUAUAAAAUCAACAACACCUGGGUCAACCAGAAAACCUCAGCAGCAGCUUGUGGAAGCAGAACCAGGGAAACGGAGGAGAAGGCCACCAGGUAACUGGUGGACAGUCAACAAUGUGGCAGAUGAUUUGGAAAGCAUCCCCUCACAGCCUCAUCAUCGUCACCCCUCGGAACUUAAACAGGAAAGAAAAAAACAAUCAAAACAGAGGAAACCUGCUAGACUUGGUGUUCCCAAAAAUGGCAACGUGGUAAUCCCAUCAAAACCACCAGGGGGAGCUCUGACGCCUCCUUCAAAGCUACUCUCUACUCCAAAUACUGUCAAACGCUCUCUGGCAACAUUUAAAGACAUUUUCAAUUCAGGAAUAGGGACCCCGAUUGCGGCCAGCAACAGAGACGCACAUCAGAGUAACAGAUGCUACAUCACCUCACAUCCUGCAGAGGAAGUCUCUGCCACUGACUUUGAAACAUGCAGCAGGCCUGAUAAAGCUGCACUCAGUGGGGAUGCUGAAGGACGCAGGGGUGCACAAAUGAACCAAGAGACCGUGCGAGACAAAGAGCGUCUGUCAGAGAACAUCAGGUUAGUAGGCCUGAGAAGUGGGCCGUCCUCUAUGAUUCAGCUGGAGCAGGAUGAAGACCAUGACGACACAGUUUUGCCAUCAUCCAGAGUUCAAGCGAUGCUGAAUGUAUCAGACCUUUCUGCUCCUCCUCUCAAACCGCUGAGUUUACACCAUAAGGAUAAGGCUGCCCUGACCGAGUGGUUUCAGAACCUCUGGUCCCCCUCAGCUGAUGAUAGUGCUGCAAUCACUCCAGAACUAUUUGACUGGUACUCCUACAAAGACAGAGCCCUCGGCAUCCAGACAGACCUAAACAGCGGGUCCAUCUGUUCUGGAAAGAUCCUGCUGGGAUCUCAUAUGAAGAAGCCCCUCUGGGUGGAUCACAGUGCAACAACAGUUUUUAAUUUAUUAACAAGUUCAGUGAAUGUUACCAUCAAUGGCAGUGUUUCUCGUUACCGGCCUGGACAAACCUUUAUGGUGGAAUCUGGAAGUGCCUACAGCAUCCACAACAGCAGUGCACAUCCAGCUGUUCUGUUCUUCACCAGGAUACUAGUGGAAAGUUCAGACUGAUGGUUUCUGUUGAACUUUGUAAGACAUUAUCAAACACGUGCUGUAUAAAAGACUGUAGACAAAU